GAAGGAAAUUAGUGUGCAACUCCUGAAUUAAAGGAUCUAACAAUGCUGUCAGCCAGACAAAGAUUUCUAAAAUUAACAAAACCCCAGAAACAAAUUGUUUCAAAAUUAAAGGAAAAACAGCCAUUUGAUUGGUCUUCCAUCCUCUGUAAAUUUCAAUCAAUAAUUUAUUUUAUGUUUUUUAUUUUUUAUUUAUUUUCAUACUACCCACUUUGCUCUCACACCAAAACUCUAUUUUGAGUGAUUCCAAUAUGUGGAUUUUUGUUCCUUUUUGCAUUAAUUUAAUUUCUUAGUGUUAAAUGGUUUUCUAUUGUGAAUUUUCACAUGGCUUGUUUUCGAGUUUGUAAUUAUAAUUCUUGUGGUUACUAUAUGUUCAUAUUUUGAUUCUAUCAUAUAGAAAAGUAACCAUAAUUCAUGAAAAGUAGAAUUCAAAGACAUAGGUAUGGCUCUCGAGGCAAAGAAUAUUCUAGUUUGUUUAUGGAGAGUUCUUAAAGGUUCCAUGAAAUUGUGUUAUAGCUGUGUAAAGAAGUGUCCAUUUGUUUCUGGUAUAUUGUCAUCUGUCAUAUUUUUGUAUAUAUUUCUUCCCACAUUCUUUAGUUUUUUGGUUUACUCUUCACCUGUUCUUGCCCUCACUGCUGUUGGUGUUAGAGUCAUUCUAAGUCACCGCCGGAGCAUAAAAAAUGUUAAAGAUGAUGACAAGAAGAAUGAUGGGAUAUCCUCUCAGAAACUUGGGAUUGUUGAAGGUGAUGGCAUUAUCUAUAAACACGAGAACUCUUCCGCACAAAGCCAAACAGCUAUUCGAAGAAAUGUCACAGAGAGAAACAAAGAAGUUUUCGAGCAGGGUGGUGUUGUGGAAAAAGGCAUAGUUUCUUCAACAACCUGUAAUGAUGAUCUGGUUGAUAAAACUGCCCUCAUUGAGGAAUGCCCAAAAGAUAUUCGAGAGGUGAAAGUGGAUUUUGUGGCUGAUCGAGGGGAGAGUUCGUCUGCUGCUUCCAAACGUCCAAAACCAGAGAAUUGUGGUGGCUCUGUUGAAAGGAAAUUUAAUGCUGGUGGAAGUGAGGCAGAGGCAGAAAGUUCAGAAGAUGAUGAUGAAGAAGAGGCACAAGAGGAUAGGAAUAAGGCUGUUGAGUGGAAUGAGGAUGAUCAAAAGAAUCUCAUGGAUCUUGGGAUUUCUGAGAUAGAAAGGAACAGAAGGUUGGAGAGUUUAAUUGCAAAACGUAGAGCGAGGAAGUUAUUGAGCAUGCAGAUCAGGAGGACACUGAUGAACUUGGGCAACAAUGACCCUCGUGAUCAAAUUGCUUCCAUUUUGAUUCCAAAAAGUAAUCAUUUUCAUCACAGUGAUUCGGGCGAUGCUCCAUUUUCACCCAUGCCAGGUUCAGCUCCUUCAGUAUUGUUACCAAUGCAUAACCCUUUUGACCUUCCUUAUGAGCCACAUGAAGAAAAGCCCGAUCUCAUGGGGGACAGUUUCCAUCAAGAGUUUAUGGCAGCGCAGCAGAAGGAAGUUAUGUUCUGCAGGCAUGAGAGCUUCAGUCUAGGGGCAUUUUUCCCAGGGGACCUCAAGCAAAAUAGACAUGAAACAUUUUGGAGUUCUAACUUUGCUACCAGGCAGAGAGGUCCGGAGAUUCCUGGAUACUCUGGAUUAAGAAAUCAAUUAGAUUCAUCACAAGGUGAGACCAUUUUGCGUGUUCGUAAUGCUCGUGAUAUUGCCAGAUUACGAGGCCAAACCUCUGAACGGGUAUCUAAUUUGGUUGACAUUGACCAUGAAGAGGACAGAAAUGGAACUCAGACAAAACGAAGAUUAGUCAAAGACGACAAUGGUCGCUCAAGCUCAUCAUCUUCAUCAGAAGCAAAUGAACCAUUCUUCAAUGCAAAUAGUGAAGUUUUGAAGUCCCUUUCCUUUUCAGUUCCGAGGAACACACCUGUACAUAGAGAGGAUAAUAAUCGAACGGAUGAGCUUUUAUUUGAUUCGAGUCCAUCUGCUUUCGAUAGGAUAAGAAUGGAGGAACGCUUCUUUCAUUCAGAUAAGGGACCACAUCAUACUCCUACCCAUUCCAUUGCUUCUGACUUGCAGGUGGAGGUCUCAGAAGUUAGUUCACCUAUGGUGAUGACUGAUGGAUCCAUUUCACCUGCAGAUAGAGAAUCUCUGAUAGCAGAAUUGGAAAAGGAGACCACUUCUGGCAGUGAAAAAUUGUGGAUUACCUCAUCUUACCUAUCUGAGGCCGAAGAAGAUGAGUCAAGAUCGAGAGAAGUACACGAAGUCAGUGAGCAAGAUAUUUUUGAUGUAGGUUUCUUAAAAAUCAAUCAGAAAUCCAAUGAUCCCAUUAUGUCACACGAGCUGCCAGAAAAAGUAGUCCCACAAGAUGCCACUGACAAAAGUCCACCGUCGUCUUCAAAAACUGAACUACCUGAGGGCAGUAAAGCCCAUUUAACGGAUUCCAACCACGAAAUUCAUGAUGUUGUCCAACCACCUAGACCUUCUAACUCUUCAGAUAGACAAUCAUCUGAAAGUUUGACUUUGCCGGUACUUGAAAAAGCACAGCAAUCGAUGGAGAAAUCCUUGAUUCACCCAUCUUAUGAGGGUGAUUCUGAAAGAAAACCAGAGGAACCACCUUACCCUACAGAGAAAUCCGUGUGGGAGGCGAAUUCCAUUUGCAGCAUGAAAUAUCCAGCAGUCUCCGUGAACAAUAGAACGGAAAUAUUAGGAUCUAUCAAAGAUGUAGAUUGUGAAGCUCCCAUCUUGAGCAAGCAAACGGAAGACCUCGACCUGUCAGUUCCUACCCAGGAACCUGAUUCAAAAUAUAUUAAGAUUGUUGAAGGAAAAUCUGAAGGACCAGAAAAUCAUCAUUCAAAGUCUACUUCUGAGUAUCCUGGAGUAUCUGAAAAGCAAACUGAACACUGUCACAUUGCAGAGAAGUCAAUAUUGCUUGAGAAUAAAAACAUUCAACAUAGAGGAGAUGCACAAAGUGUUGUAGAAAUUGGAUCUUCUGGGGCUAACAAGAAUUCUAAUGAUCCUGUUGCAUUAGCUGUGCAGCCGGAAGUGAUAGUUGCAUGCGGUCCUAUUGACUCAAGUUCUUCAUCUCCUGAGCCUGUCUUAGAGAAAAAGAUCCCCACAAAUCAAGUAUCCUCAACAAAUUUUGAUCAAACAAUACAAGUAACUGUCCAACAAUUUUGUGAUGACAUGGCAGAAAAAAAUUUAUUGGAUGAAUUGUCAGCUGAAAAUUUUAAACCAACCUUAUCCCAAAAUGCACUGCAUUUGACAGAGGGUUCAACGGUUCAUCAUUCUGAUAGUACAGAUCCUGAAAAAUUACAGGAACCAUCUAACCCUCCUGGGAAUAGGGAGGCUAACAUCACUCGCAAUGUGAAUGAUUCAGAACGUGAAUUGACUGGGGUUAGUCAUAGUCUUAAUGAUACCAUUGCAUUGGCUGUGUUGCCAGAGCUGGUGGUUGAACAAGUUCCUGUUGCUUCUAGUUCGUCCUCAUCUCCCACAUCUGUGUUACAGAAAAAGUUGUCAAUGGAUCAAACCUCGUCAUUGAGUUUUGAUCAGGAUAUACACAUAGAGGACCAACAACAUGAAACAGAGAUGGUAGAAAAUAAUUACUUGGUUGAAUUGCCAUCUGAAAAUUUAGCUUCGACUGCUCCUCAAAAUGCACUGCAUUUGGAGGGGGAUUCAACAGCUCAACCUCCUAACAGUAGAGAUACUGAAAAACUGCAGGAAUCAUCUAAUAUUUCAACAAUGUCCACGGAGGAACCUAAUACCAUCUACAUUGUGAAUGAAUCUGUUGUCAUUCACAACAAAGGCAAGGAUAACUCAAAAUCCAUUGAGAAGUUUGAAGGUGGAUCAGAAACAUUAAGCAGUCACGAUGCUAAUGCUGAACUGUCAAAAACAGCUGAGAGAACAGACUCCAGAUCUAACAAAGACAUUGAAAGCAAAUCUGAAGAGCUGACUAUAUGCGAAGCAUCUAUUUCCCCAUCAAAAGCAGCAAAGCAAAGCGAUAAUUCAAAUAUCUAUUUAAUUAAAGAAGAGGAAUCAUUUCAUCCUCCUCCAAUAAGGCCCAUUGAAGAAGUCACAAUCAUUUCUAAUCUGAAUGAAUCAUUAGCCAGUGAAACAGAUGACAAGGACUUAAAAUCUGUUGCUGGAGAUACUGAAGGUAAAAUCCAAAGUUCAUUCAGACGAGCAACAGUUGUCAAAUCAUCAGAAAAUGCUGAGAUAACCGAUUCAAUAUCUACAGAUGAUGUCGGAGUCAAGCCCAAGAAUCUGACUGAAAUUAAGGCUGUUGUUGAUCCAUCAAAGCUAGCAGAGGAAAAUGGUGACUUGAGCAAUCCUAUGACUUCUAUACAAAGAGAGGAACCAUUUAAUCCUCUGCCGAGGAGGCCCAUUGAAGAAGCCAGUAUCAUUUCCAGUGUGAAUGAACUGGUUGUCAGUGAAAUGGAUGAAAAUGGCUAUAAAUCUGCUGUUGGAGACAUUGAGGGUGAAUCUCAAAAAUCAAUCAGUCCAGAAACUGUGGUCGAACCAUUAGAAAGUACUGAGGUAGCAAGCUCAAGAAAUAUGGAAGAUACUAAAGGCAAAUUGUCCGAAGUUGGAGCUAUGGUAGGCUCAUCAGAUCCAGCAUGGGAGAACGAUAAUUUUAAAAACAAAAAAGAUACCAAAGAGUUUGGAAAAUUAACUGAUCAUGAGAGUGUUACAAAACCCACAAAGCCUGAUCAGGGCAAUGAUAGCUUACAAGAUGAAGGCAGGAAUGGUGAAUCCAUAUAUUUUAUUAAAGACAGUGUUGAGUCGGAUAAACCUGUCAACCACAAUGUUGUCAUGGAAUCAUCAAAACCAACGGAAUCUGGAGAGAAGGUUCCCAAUGCAGAGAUAAACAAAGAUCAUACAAAGCCUGAUAUGGUCAAUGAUAGCAUAGGAGACAUGGAAGAUAGGAAAGGUGAAUCCAUAGAUUCAAUUAAAGACAAUGCUGAUUCAGAUAAAUCUGUCCACCACAACGGUGUUAUGGAAUCGUCAAAACUGAUAGAAUCUGGAGGAAAGGUUCCCAAUGCAGAGGUAAAUGGAGGCCAUACAAAGCCUGAUAUGGUCAGUGAUAGUUUAAGAGACAUGGGAGAUAGGAAAGGUGAAUCCAAAGAUUCGGUUGAAGACAGUUUUGAGUUGGAUAAUUCUGUCAACCCCAACGGUGUUAUGGAAUUGUCAAAACCAACAGAAUCUGGAGGAAAGGUUCCCAAUGCAGAGGUAAAUAGAGGCCAUGCAAGGUCUGAUAUGGUCAACGAUAGCUUAGGAGACAUGGAAGAUAGGAAAGGUGAAUCCAAAGAUUCGGUUAAAGACAGUUUUGAGUUGGAUAACUCUGUCAACCCCAACGGUGUUUUGGAAUCGUCAAAACCAACAGAAUCUGGAGGAAAGGUUCCCAAUGCAGAGGUAAAUAGAGGCCAUACAAAGCCUGAUAUGGUCAACGAUAGCUUAGGAGACAUGGAAGAUAGAAAAGGUGAAUCCAAAGAUUCGAUUAAAGACAGUUUUGAGUUGGAUAACUCUGUCAACCACAAUGGUGUUAUGGAAUCAUCAAAACCAACAGAAUCUGGAGGAAAAGUUCCCAAUGCAGAGGUAAAUAGUGUCCAUACAAUGCCUGAUAUGGUCAACGAUAGCUUAGGAGACAUGGAAGAUAGGAAAGGUGAUUCCAAAUAUUUGAUUAAAGACAGAGUUGAGUUGAAUAAAUCUGUCAACCACAAUGGUGUUAUGGAAUCAUUAAAACCAACAGAAUCUGGAGGGGAAGUUCCUAAUGCUGAGGUAAAUGAAGGCAAUACAAAGCCUGAAUGAAGUGGUUUGCAUAUGCGCAUCCUUAAACUGAUUUUCAGGAAGUCGGUUCUGCUUCUGCGAGCGACUUGGUAGGAUAGAAUAGAAAGCUAAAUGUCUUUCUGAUUCAGGUUGAUGAUUAACUAAACAGGUUAAACAUGCCAAAUUCAAGGAUACUUGUCUGGAUUUGCAAUUUUAGCAUAUUUACCUUGAAGGGUGAGUUGCUACAUUAGUUUCGCUGCUCCAGAAAAGACUGUUUUUCCAAGUGUACCAGGCUAAUGGAGGCUUCAUUUUCCAAUUGACAAUGGGACUUCGAACAUGGACAAUUUUGAUUCGUAAGGGUGUUACUGACUGGUUUGGAAAGAAAGCUUGUCGUCUCUCUUUCCAUUGUUUUUCUUUUAGUUUUUAUCGAAACUCCUCUUAAGUCGCUUGUAUUUUAUAUUAAGAAAGAAUGCAGACAGCUUUGCAGUAAGUUUUGUAACUUGGAUGACAAAAGGAGGAUGUGGAAUCUGUUAGACAUUCUAUGUAAAUAUACUCCUAUAUUUUAUUGUUUUUGUAAUUGUGAUGUGUAAAGGGAGUGUUAGUAUAAAAAGAAAUGAAUGAGAGGUGUUGAACCGGCUAUUCGUUAUAAAGCAUUCCUCAA